GCGUGUGAACCUGUCCCUCGUGAAUCUCCAAAUCACAACAAUUCCGGGUAAUCGUAACGUGUAACCUCAACACCGGCUUUCGCCCUCAUUUUUAUUACUGCCCCACUAAAAAAUGUUUGGAAUUCGUACGUGGAAGAGUCAACUAGUACACUGAGGUCAGUAAUUACUCGAUUUCGUGAGAAUGCCACCACCGGAGGACCUCCUCACCCCUGAACAAAUUCUCGUUGAGGUUAGGAAAUUCAUACCCGAGUCAGUGAAGAAAUGUCAACACACCAAUGUAUACAAAGUGACAAAAGGGGCCCUGACACUCCUCAGGACUCUACCUGGGGCAAGGGAGGCGGUUCUGGAGUACCUCAGGAAGGUCUUCUUCCUUGCUGUCAAUCGGCAGAACCGUCACAUGGAGAUGUACCCACCGCAAACCCUUGGAGACGAGCCCACCAUGAACGUCACAAUUCCCGAAAUUCAUGGAGUUCUCAGCGAAAUUGUGGAGGAAAAUCCACAGGCCUGGGCUCCACUUGUUGCUACGUGGUCUCUUGAUCUUCUAGGAAAGCUCUCCUGGAACUACUCAAAAAGAAACUCGUCCCCCAGCCUCACAAUCAACGACGACCUGAAGCACUGGUUGUCCUUCCGUAGCACAAGAAUUCUCAUUGACUUAUCAGCGCGCUGUAUCCGGUGUCUCUCACCCGCCGAAGCAGACUCCUGCAUGAACGUCCUGACCGAGUCGAUCUCCAGCUACUAUCCCUUCUUCAACUGGGUGGUAGCGCACGUGGGCACCUGUUUCCCAGACCUCAUCAUCAACAAGGUUCUCCUCUGGGGGCUGAAAGACUUCUCCGAAACUGGUUCCCAGCAAAAUUCCCCUCGCACCCUCUUGAACUCAGUCGUCGGGAUUCUGGGGCACCUGGCGGGCAGCAAUUUCUACGACAUUCGCGAGGCCCUCCUGAACCUCUUCAAGUGGAGCCUCGACGAGAGCAUGAACGACGACGAUCAGACCCGCAAGCAGAAGAUAGCAACAGUCCCAUUUCUCCUGAAGCUGGCGUCGAUGUCCCAAAUUCUCCUGAAGACCAUCACAACAGUUGUUCUUCAGACACUGUUUCCUGUUCGUCCGGACGUGAUUCCGCGUCUAGCGGUGUUCGCCCCAGACUGGUGCAGCUACUUCGAUAAUCAGCCAAAGACCCUCCUGGAGGUGACAGUGCAUUCGAUCCUGGCGUGUGAGCAGGGCGCCUGGCAGAUAAUCUCAAUUCUCUUGGACACGAGUUUAAGCACAAGCAACGUUGGAUACCACGGGGUAAACGCAGCUAUGGCAGUAAAAAACGUCUGUCGAGAGAUUCUUGAGAUGAUCCUCCAGGAGAUUGACCUCCAAAUGAAGCUGAAGGGGCCCCACAACACUGGGAUAGCUCUGCUGUCCUCGAUAAAACAGGACUUGUGCCUCGUCGAGGCGCUCCUCCUAGAUCCCCACCCUCUGCGAGUCCAGACAGCCGUGAGACUGGUUUCUCUUCUGGGCGCCCAAAGCCCCAACGUCGUGAUAUCGUCAGGAUCAGGCGUCCUCAAGACCGCUCAGACUAACUUCCACCUGGCAGCGCUGGUACGACUGAUGUCUGAGAACGUCACAGUAUUUCCAACGAUAAAACCAGAGCCUGAGAAUCCUCUCUCAGGUCAUGGGUACUUCACACAAAUACUGGAACAAGCCCUUAGGGAUAUUCAGUACUCACCAGGGUGGAGGGAGCACGAGGCCAGGCAGUUGUUCCAGAACAUCGGGGUGUUAUUAAAAUGGGAGAAGUCGAAUAGAGCAGCGAUUUUGAAAUCCAGGAUUAUUUCCAGAGGAAUUCACUCGAAUUUGAGCCAGAUCGCUUCGUUAUUGAUGAAGACCAAUGAUCUCGUGUUGACCCACGACAUCGUGGAGACACUGGAUAUCCUCACGAUGAACGACAGUGACAAGUACACGCACAGCAUUAAUCUGGUGCUGAGACUCACGAGAGCUGUGGUGAGGUAUUUUUUUAUCUGCAUCCAGGAGGAGAAUGACAUAAAAAAAUACAGAGGAAUCAGAAUGGUCAAUCGUUUGCUGACACUCAUGACGGGGACUUCACCCUGUGCCAGAGUUCUGGCAAUCAGAGAGUUGAUUGAGAACGGAAUUUACGGGGAUCCAGCCCAGUUAUUCGGGGCGAAGGUAAAAUCCUCGAAUGAUUCCAAGGAUUAUCUUCUGAUGGAGCACAAUCACAAGCAUGGGACCUCGGUGAUGUUGGCUCAGAGGCAUUCGUCGGUUUUUCACGCUGGGGUGAUUGGAGAUGGCCCGAGGAGAGCACCACCAGAGAAUCCAUUCGAUAAAGACACGGUAUCGAUGAACAGUAUCCUGUUGCUUGAUGCCAUAAAAGCGUGCUGCACCAAUGAGGAGGUGAGUCCUCAUCCAAAUCUGGAUGCCAUGACGUCUGUCAGUCUUCUUCUGGUGGAGUUAGUCUCUCCUGAUGUCAUGUACAAUGGCCUUCCCUGGCCCGACGAGGAAUUCACGAAGGUCACGGUGGAGAGGGAUCUACAGAUUCGCCGGACAUUCCAGGACGUUCCACUGCUGUGGACACUCCUGGAAUUGACAGCUAGGCAUCGACCUGCUCUCGCUUACUCGUCGGUAUUGCUCAGGGGAAUAGCUGCCACUGUCAUGGCUAAUUGGAAUAUCAACGAGGGAACUAGGCUAGUAGAUGUGAUGACACUUGGACAACUUCUUCCACCACCACUCAAUUGUCUCAGGGACGUUCUGGCUAUUUUAACCCCGAGUCAGAUUAAUACCAUCAUGAAGGAGUGCGUUUGGGCUUACAUGCAUGAGAAUGUACCCUCUCCAGCGUUGUUUACACUCACCGAGGGAGCGAGUAUCGCGUGGAGAGAUACUGACAUGUCAGCUCCUGGUGCACGAUUCACAGAGACUCUCAGACUAAUUCUUCUUCCAAAUAUCGCCAAAACUGGCUCGCUUUACAAUACAUUGUUCUACAAUGACCAUAAGUGACAGGGAAGUCUAGGAUAUUUUUAGUUGUAAAUAUUUAACGACCAAUUGUACAUCUGUGAGAUUGAAUAAAAAAUUUCUAUCUUUUCCUUCUGGUAUUUGACGAAUAGAAAAUGAACACACACAAGGAUUUCUUUUCAAUUUUUAUAAAAUCAACUGUCGUGUAAGGAUAGAUGAAUACAAAGAGAGAAAAUAAGAUAUUAAAAUUAAUUUAAUUCUUAUCAAUGAGGAUAAUGAAUUAUAAUGAUACAGGAAUGGUACCUAGAUGAGUUUCUGAUUCUGUGGCUCAACUGAAUCUCCAAAGGGGCACCCUUCUCUAUUAAUUUUCCCGAAUGCACAGAGCACUCUUCACUAUUAUUCAACGAGUAUGGUUUUUGUAAUCAGAAUCAAUCCUUAAACUCCAUUUUCUCCCUGUGCAUUCGUUUAUUAUCUCGAUAUCCAGCUUCAAGUAGAAAAAAAUUUGCCAUCUCAGGCAUUUCUGUUAUAUUCUAUGUACAAGGGAGUUUAUAUAAUAAUUAUUCUGUGUGAGUGAUGAUGGAAGACACUCAACUGCCAGGGAAUUGGCAUUGCUCAGGGCUCCAACAACGCAGAACGGGAAAUUAAAUUAAAGAGAAAUGCAAAAAUGCUCACCGACGGGGGGGGGGG